UCGCACAACCACGUUCCCAUCGGAGACGGCAGCAGCGCAGCCACUCAGAAAAAAAAAUCCUCGAAGAAAGGCUUAAGAAAUCACAUCCUCCGGUUUUUUUUCCUGCUGGUGUUUUCCUCCAGCUGUUUAUUCUGUUUGUUUUUCACUAGCAUGGCCUGUGGAGCUACUUUAAAGCGCACGGCGGAGCCGCUCCAUGGCCCCCAAUCUCCCAAGCGGAGUAAGUGCAGUCUACUACUGGGGGCAGCUAGCAUUCCGUCCCCGCAACGAUGCAACCUCCGCCCGCAAAUCGAUAGCCCACCACAGUAUCCUCUGGCUUUAGGAAGCGAACACAGGCUCGCUCCAGAACAGAUCUUUAAUAUUCGUCAGUACAGCCGGAUCAGGAGGCGGCGACAGCUGGAAACUGCUUUCAGCCAAACUGAGGCCUGUAGCUCCAGUGAAGUCCACAGUCCCAGUUCUCCCCCUACGGCCCCCAGCUCCCCACCAGGUGCCUCAAGGACAGACUUGCCUGUUGUUACACUGAGGCAGGUGAACUACCUGUGUGAGCGCUUCAUCAAAGAGUAUGAGCAGAAGCUCCGGGAGGAGUAUGACCAGAUCCUUAACACAAAGCUUGCAGAACAACAUGAAACUUAUGAAGUGGUUUGGACAAAUGUCAAGAUUGUCAAAUAUAAUAUCGCCAAUGCACAUUUUCCUUUAUUUCCACAACUAAUAGGGCUAGGUGAAUAAGUUCUCCUGUUGGUGUAGCUGCUAUAACUCCUGUUACACCUUCAAAUGAUUGUCCUACUCUUACAGUGCAGUGUUAUCCGUUUACACAGGAUGCUCAUUGUUCCUCCCAUACUAUCCAUAUGAUGAACCGGUUAAUGUUAGGGUGUUAUAUGAUUAACAGGCCAUCCUCAAGUUUUGAACAAAAUAUUGCAUAUGUGGACUGCCAUUUUCAGAAACAGGCAUUUAGUCUUCUCUGUGUAAUGACCCAAAACACCACUCCGACAAAAUCCAGGGCAUUUGAAGGUCAGAUGGUUGUUUCAAGGAAUGUUUUAAUUGAUUUACUAUUAUGUGAGCUUACAAUAAAAAAAUACGAAAAUUACAAAAAUGUGGCUGCUUGCAGUUAUGCUACCUUGUUUGAUAAUGACCAUUGAUUAACGGGAGGGUUGAGUGACAAGAUGCUGCCUGUAACUCGUGUGUCAGUGCAAUCUGAAUGACAGAGUUGGCCAAACUUUCCUAUUUUGGG